CAAAAAGUAAACACGUGUAGCUAACGCCGAAUCUGGUCAAAAACUGUUGGAAGAAAAAAUCUACGUUAUGUGUUUGAUGUAAUCAGAACAAGUCGUAAUUUUCCUCUAAAUCUCGUCAAAGUAUGUAAAAUAGUUAUAAAAUAAAUCCAGAUAUCGAUUCGAAUCACUGUUAAGAUGUAUUCCUUAAAGUUAGUCAUUUUCGCUUUCGCAACGUUCCUCGUAUCAUGUUCGAGUCUCGAAGAAGAAGAUACCACCGCCAGACUACUGAUCUCUAAGCAUAUUCUAAAUAAAUACUUAGUUCAAGAUAUGGAUAUCGUUAUCAAAUACACUAUUUAUAAUGUCGGUAAUGGUCCAGCUCAAGAAGUAGUCAUCAACGAUGAAAGUUUCCCCGAAGAUUCGUUCAACGUCGCCGGAGGUAAAUUGAACGUGAGAAUUGACAGAAUACCACCUCAAACCAACGUUUCUCAUAUUGUAGUCGUCAGACCAACGAAAUUCGGAGCUUUUAACUUUUCUUCGGCUAAUGUACAGUACAAGCCUUCCGAUAGCGCUACCGAGCCUCAAUAUGCAGUAUCCAGUGAGCCCGGCGAAGGUCGUAUUAUCAACUUCAGAGACUACGAUAAGAAAUUCUCUCCUCAUGUGUUGGAUUGGACUGCAUUCGCUAUCAUGACUAUGCCAUCGAUCGUCAUUCCUUUCAUCUUAUUCUGGUCCAGUAAAACGAAAUACGAAGGAAUUGCUAAACAGAAACGAGAAAAGUCAAAACAAGAAUAAGUUACUCGGUUUCAAACUACCUGGCCUACAACAAGUUCCAUUCGAUGUAUAUUAAUUACUCUAUUCCAAAACGUAAUUUUCUUUCUGUGUUUUUGAUAAUUUAAAAUUAUUAUUUUCAACGCGAACGCGUUGCGUUGUGUUUGCUCUUGUAUUAUAAUACGCUUUUUGAGAUUAUUUUCUAUUAGUGCGCAUUUUGGCGGAUAAUUCUUCGUUAUGUUAGGAUUUUGUGUAUAUUUUUAUGAAGUAGUUCAAUGAUAUGCGAUGAAGGCAUCUUCGAAAUUUUUUUAAAUAAAGUUUUGUUGUUUUUAUGUGA